AUGGCCGACAAUCAAGAACACGUCGACACCCCAGAGUCCAACUACUUUAACAACCACCCUCCGCCCAAGGCGUUGCCGAAGCAUGAAACCUUAGCUCGUGCCUUUGUCGAGCUGCAGGUCGAGAAGAAGCGUCGAGUCGUGCUUGUGACCAGCGGGGGGACAACAGUUCCGCUCGAAAACCAAACAGUGCGCUUCAUCGACAACUUCUCGGCUGGCACGCGAGGCGCUGCCUCUGCAGAGCGUUUUCUUGAAAAUGGCUAUGCGGUGAUAUUCCUGCACCGCCAGUUUUCCCUACUGCCAUACUCUCGCCACUACAGCCACUCGACCAACUGCUUCCUGGACUUUCUGGACGAGUCCCCUUCGUCUUCUAUCGUCGUGCGCGACGAGUAUCAGAAUGCGAUGCGCGACGUGCUGCGCAAGUACCGCACCGCAAAGCAGAACAACAUGCUGCUUAUCCUCCCGUUCACGACGGUGACUGAGUACAUCUUUGAGCUGCGCGCGCUGGCCAACAUCAUGAAACCGUUGGGCGCGAACGCGCUGUUCUACCUGGCCGCCGCCGUCAGCGAUUUCUUCAUUCCGCGCGACCGCAUGGCCGAGCACAAGAUCCAGUCGUCGGAGAUUCCGUCCGACGUGUCUAACAACAACAAUCCUCUCAAUGAACAAUCUUCUUCUUCUUCGGACGAAGUAUACACCGGCUACAACGACCCACAACCAAGCACCAAGUCCAAAAAACUCAUCAUCGACCUCGACCCGGUCCCCAAAUUCCUGCACCGCCUAGUCGACGGCUGGGCGCCUCAGGGUAGCAUGAUUGUCAGCUUCAAGCUGGAGACAGACCCAAACCUGCUUGUCUACAAGGCGCGCACGUCGCUGCAGCGCUACGCACAUCAUCUCGUCAUUGGCAACCUGCUGUCGACCCGGAAAUGGGAAGUUGUCUUUGUCACCCCCGAAGCACCGCAUGAGCGCUGGAUCCGCGUGCCAAAGACACGCAGGAGUAAAUCCAUCUCUGGCGAGGAGAACCAAAUCGGUCUUGCAGAGGGGAGCAAGACGACCGAUAAGACGCAGGAAGAUGGUAACGCCGAGCCUCGCAGAAACGAGGAGGAAGAGGGUCGUGGGGUGGAGAUUGAAAGUAUGAUUAUUCCGGAGCUGGUCAAGUUGCAUACGCAGCGGAUUAAGUCUGUUAAUAAAUAG